AUGGAUAUGUUAUGUCUUUACUGUUCAGCCUUACAUUGGAUGGACGAAAAAUUAGCACAAUCAUCUCGAAAGCGUCCCCUAUUUGGAACUUGCUGUUCAAAAGGAAAGACUAGGCUACCUUUGCUUAUGACACCCCCUCCACCGCUUCAAGCAUUAUAUGAUGGGGAUGAUGAUCAAGCAAGAUCGUUUCGACGUUAUACUCGAGUAUACAAUGCAGCCAAUGCUUUUACAAGUCUUGGUGCUACAUUGGAUCCAAGAGUACUAAGGGGAAGCGGCCCUAAACCAUUUAUUAUCCAUGGGGAAUUGCGACAUCGAACAGGAUCACUUCUACCACAGCCAGGUCAGGAUGCGACUUAUGCUCAGUUGUACAUUUAUGAUCCUGAUUCAGCUUUAGAAGUUCGAAAUCGUAGAAAUCCUCACUUACAAAGGGAUGUUCUCAAAACUAUUCAAGAUAGUUUGUUCCAAGUUAAUGCAUUUGUAGACAAAUUUUGCCAGGCUCAUGUAAUUUUGAAUCAAUUAGCCUUCACUGGACAAAAUCUACCUGCUCAUCUUCACUAUAGUUCAGCAACAGACCGACGACGGUAUAACCUACCAACUGCUGAUGAGAUUGCAAUUGUAAUACCAGGUGAUGGAACCGAGGUUACUGGAAUGAGAGAUGUUGUUUUACAUCUACAGGGAAAUAAUGAACUGAUGCAAAUUAAUGAAUGUCAUCCAGUGUAUUUGCCAUUGCAUUAUGUUUUAUUAUUCCCGUAUGGUGAGCUCGGAUGGGAACCUGAGUUGAAAUUGUGGGACGUUAAACAUGAUCGGCCUUCAACUGAUCGACUUACUCAAAUGGAUUUUUAUAGUUACCGUUUGUUUGAGCGAUCUACAGAGUAUUCAACAAUUUUGAGAGGUGGAAAACUAUUCCAAGAGUUUUUGGUAGAUGCUUGGGCUGCAACUGAGCAAAAUCGGUUGAUGUACUACAAGCUUAAUCAAAAAAAAAUUCGGGCUGAACUUUACCAAGAUUUAAGCGAUAUCGAUUCAAUGGCUAUCACGCGAUACAACCAGCACCCAGAUAUUUUUCUCACCAUGACUGCAAAUCCCAAUUGGCCAGAAAUUACUUCGGCAUUAUUACCACACCAAAAGCCUAUUGAUCGUCCGGAUUUGAUUGCCCGUGUUUUUGAGCUAAAAAGAAAGUGUUUGAUGAAGGAGAUAGAGACAAACAAAGUGUUCGGUAAUAAAGUUGCGCAUGUUUUUACAAUUGAAUUCCAAAAACGAGGCCUACCACAUAUGCAUGCACUUCUCUUUCUUAAAGGUCCAGACAAAAUUCGAACAUGUGCUCAAGUAGACAAAUUAGUUUGUGCAGAAUUUCCAGAUCCAAAAGAUGAUCCUACACUUUUUGAAACUGUCAAGUGUUGCAUGGUACAUGGACCAUGUGGUGCUCGAAAUCCCCAAGCACCAUGUAUGGAAAAUGGUAGAUGUACUAAGAGAUACCCUCGAGCCUUUGCAGAAUCAACAACUAUGGACCAAGAUGGAUAUCCAAUCUAUCGUCGUCGUAAUAGUGGUCAAGUAUAUACUGUGAGAGGACAGGAAGUUGAUAACAGGGAUGUGGUACCAUACAAUGCAUAUCUUUCUAAACGGUUCAACUGUCAUAUAAAUGUAGAAGUUUGUUCUGGAGUGAGAUGUGUUAAGUAUAUACAUAAGUAUAUUUACAAGGGUUAUGAUCGCACAACAAUGGUUUUGGGAUUGAUUAAUGAGAUCCAACAAUAUCUUGAUGCGAGGUAUAUUGGACCACCAGAAGCUGCUUGGCGAAUAUUCGGUCAUCAUUUGCAUGCAGAGAUGCCAACAGUUGUUCGCUUGGCACUUCAUCUACCUGGAAUGCAUCGUGUUCUUUUCAAUCCUAAUGACUCAUUGGAAAUGAUUCUUUCUAGAGCUGCACAACAAAAAUCGACUCUUACUGGCUUUUUUGAUUACUGUGCUUCCAAUGAAAAUGAAUGCCAAUUCACUUACCAAGAAUUUCCGCAACAUUUUGUUUGGCUCAAGUCAGAACAUAGAUGGAAACCAAGAGAACAUAGAUAUGCAAUUGGUAGAAUGUACUUUGCUAGCCCUAACUGUGGUGAAAGAUUUUAUUUACGUUUGUUGUUAACUGUUGUCAAAGGGCCAAGAUCGUUUCAAUGUUACGUACAGUUAACAAUGUUUUGCAUGAGACGUUUAAAUCAGCAUGUGUUGCUAGAGGACUCUUAA